AUAAAUUAUUACAGCGUGUCAGAUUUUUUAAAUUAGGAGGGAUAACGCGAUUUGAACUAAAAAUCCUUCAAGGUUCUGAACGCGCCCAUCAGCAAGACAAUGGGAGUGGAGCGUGUCAGUGGGAGGGGUUGUCACACAUUCAUUCAGCUGUCUACCUGCUUGGAGCCCAUAAAUACUCCCAUUAACUUCUGUCCCCAAUUUCCAGGAAGAGUCUGUCUGAGAAGGAAGGCAGUCGAUAGCUGGAAAUCAUUUGAGCUUGAUAUUUUGGACGGGUGUAUCACUGUCAACUGGCAGCUGAUUUGAACGGAUUAUGAACGCUUUUGGACAACAGACAUCUAAUCAGCAAUCAGGUCCAAUUCAGCACCACAGCGCACAAGAAAUCCUGGAUAUGGCUGUGUAUUGCGACAACUUCGGCAUGUACCAGCAGAAUCUGCAUCAUCAUUCGCAGAGGCCACCUGGGCACACAACAAACUAUGGUCUUGGGGAGUAUAGUUCCCCAUCAACUAACCCCUACCUGUGGCUGAACGGGCCGGGUAUUAACUCUUCUCCCUACCUGUCCGGCACCAAUGGAACGUCCUACAUUCCGUCGGGAUAUGGGACAAAUCAGCGGCAGUUCUUGCCACCUCCUACGGGUUUCGGAGGGGCCGACCUCGGAUGGCUCUCCAUAUCAAGCCAGCAAGAACUGUUUAAGAUGGUGAGACCACCUUACUCCUACUCGGCGUUGAUUGCCAUGGCCAUCCAGAGCGCAGGGGAUAAGAAAUUGACACUGAGCCAAAUAUACCAGUACGUCGCAGAAAACUUUCCCUUUUACAAAAAGAGCAAAGCGGGAUGGCAGAACUCGAUUCGGCACAACCUAUCCUUGAAUGAUUGCUUCAAGAAAGUGGCACGGGACGAGGAUGAUCCAGGUAAGGGGAACUACUGGACUUUGGACCCUAACUGUGAGAAGAUGUUCGAUAAUGGAAACUUCAGGAGAAAGAGGAAGAGACGCGCGGAUGCCAACAACAGCGGCAGCAACACUGUUAUGUCAGUUAAAUCAGAGGACACUGCGGCUGUAAAGCUCUCCGACACGGCCAGCAUCAUGAGCGCGUCGCCUCAGAGUCUCCAGAAUUCCCCGAGCUCCAGCGACUCCAAGUCCUCGCCGUCACCCUCCAUCGAACACAGCCCCUGUUUCAACAGCUUCGUCUCCAACAUGAACUCAAUCAUGACCAGCAGCAACACCGGGAUCAGAGGAAGGGACUUCAACACGGGUCCACUAGGGGAUCUGUCACAGGGCAGAGAGAGCAUGUCUGGACUUGGUUCUUACUCGCCAACUCAAAUUACUCCUCUGAACUCCGAUGGCAGUCCGCUCACUGGCAACAGAAUGAACUAUUACACAGGAACAACCUCUGGUAGUCUAAGCAAUCACCUCUCAAAUCAUUUCAGUGUCAACAAUUUGAUAUACAGCCGUGACGGAACAGAAGUUUAGAUAUGGGUUUACAACGUGUAGGCUAGUGUACUCUGUGAGUGCUAAUACAAUCCACACAUUUCAGUAUAUAGGUCACUACUAGAUUUGACAACUGAGCCAUGUAUAUCUCCCUAUGGUUGCACUGUAGGCGAAUGACGUUUCUAAAAGGACAAGCGUUGUUUGACAAAAGUUGUCAGUUUUUGUAAAUGUACUAUAACUUAGAAUGGAAAUUUCAACCAGAUUUCCAAUUCAUUUUCAUUUUGAAUGAAAUGACCCUGUACAGCUCAAAUUCCCUUGCUUUCUCUGAGGAAUGAUUUUACAUGCAAGUGCAUUUAUU